AAUGAGUGAUAAGAUGGAUAUUAAUGUAAUACCGGAUAAAAAGCUCACAACUAAGUAUGUGUCAUCUUUGAGCAAAAUCUAUUGGAAGGAUGAAGAAAGUUUCAAAAAAACUAUCGCUGCUCUGAAUUCUUAUGGUGUCUGUCCUCGUUGUUGUCUUAGGUUUUUGGCUAUAGACAAUCAAUCAAUCUAUAGGUCGAGUUUUCAGUGGAUGGCUGAUUUUUUAAAGGAAAGAGAAGAAACAAUGUGUUCCAAUAUAUGUUGUGCUUGUUUAGGCGUUCUACAAGAGAAAUAUUGCAGAGAAGAGUUUCGCAAAGAAAUCAUUAAAACACUUAUGGAGGCUAAGUAUGAAUAUGAUUCAUUUUUUGUUGCUAUAACUCUUCCUGUAUCGACGAUGAUGCGAGAGCAUUCAAUCUGGUUGAAAUUAGCAGAACAAGAUAAAACUGCCUUUAAUGAUUAUAGACGAAGAGAUUUAGCUUCUCUAAAAGAUUGCUGGAAAUGGGUAAAUGGUGACGAUCUCGGAGAAUCUCUGGGAAGGAAGAGUGAAUACUCAACAGAAUCAGCCUGUUUUGAAAUAUCAUUGAAUUUUUCACAUAAAACUCAAUUCAGAGAAUGUUAUCCCCUGGAUGAUUACUUUGAAGAAUUUCGUAAAAGAAAGAGUGAUGACAUAGUUUACACUAGGAGUUCAGUACAAAGAGCUUUAGUAAAAUUGUCAGACGACAGAUUUCGAAAACUCUACUCGUCUCCUCCAACGAUUCCUAAAGAUGAAUGUACAGUAGAAAUUCAAUUUAAGCAAGAUUCUAUUUUUGUAGCAGGAAGAUACAACAAAUACAGCAGAAAACUAUCGCAAACUCCUUGGGUGCUAGAUUCGGGCGAACGCCGGACUAACAGCUCUGUUCAAGAAAUGCUUUGCGAUUCUAUUAAAUCUCACUUUAAGGCAGAUAGUUUUGUGUUUACCUCCUCUGGAAGAGAAGAUGUAGAUGUUAAAAUGUUAGGCGAAGGUAGACCUUUCAUCGUGGAACUUAUAAAUCCACAUGUAACCACCAUCUCAAAAAGUGAGCUUAAAGAUAUUACCAAGAAAAUUAACACUCAAAAAGAUAUUGGUGUAAGAGACUUACAACUUGCUCUAAGAAGUGACACUAUGAAGUUAAAAGAGGGUGAAGAACAGAAGAAGAAAUCUUAUUCAGCAUUUUGCUGGAGCAAAGAACCUAUUACGCAAGAAGAAUUGGAUAGCAAGUUAAGUAACAUUAAAGAUCUCAAAGUCAAUCAAAGGACACCUAUCCGAGUUUUACAUAGGAGAACUAACUCUUACAGAACUAAGAUGAUUUAUAGUCUAGAAGCCAAGUCAAUUAACGAGAAGCAUUUUAUCCUAUAUUUGACGACGCAAGCAGGAACAUAUAUUAAAGAAUUUGUUCAUUCCGAUUUUGGUAGAACAACACCUAGUCUAGGAAGUAUUUUAGGUGUAGAAUGCGAUAUUCUUGAACUAAAUGUAACUGCAGUAGAUUUGGAUUGGCCAGAGCGCCUGGGAGAUGAAGAAAAGUGA